UUAAGGAAGUUGAUGCCCAGAGCUGAGGCAGGUUGGCAGAUGAUGCCCAGGUGUGCAGACCUGGCUGCUCCUCAUUCGACCCUGUCUUCCUCCCCUUCCCAAAAGCCCCACGUCUGGCUCUGGUGGCAGUGGCUGUGGGGAGGGUGCCUCGCUGCUGGCCCCAGCCCCGUGGCAGCUCAAAUAGAGGGAUGCUGCGGGGCCGGGGCUGGGGCCGGCAUGGCUGUGCGGGCAGCCCUGCUGCUGGCCGUGCUGCUGCUGUCCCACCGUCCCGGGGACACAGCAAUCCUGGAAGCCAACGGCAAGCUGAGCUGCCGCUGCCUCAAGAGCACGCGAGCCUUCAUCCCGCCGGAGAGGUACAGCAGCAUCGAGGUGUGGCCCGUGGGCAGCAGCUGCCGGCGCCCCGAGGUGGUGAUUAAGCUCAAGAGCCUGAAGAGGGUCUGCGUGGAUCCCGACACGCCUUGGAUGAAGAAACUCUUGCAGGACCUCCCUCACUUGAGGAAGAAAAAGGCUCCCCGCUGAGGAAGCUGCCACCAGAGGCACGGCCAGAUGUGCUGGGCCCAAAACUGCCUCCCUUCCCCAUCCUGCUGUUGCCUUACCCCGGUCCAGAGGGGAGGAUGCUUCUGCCUGAGCCCCUUU